AUGUCCAACGAAACCAACGAAACCGAAACCGAAGAUGCUACCCCCGGUAUUGAAUGGCCUUCUCCACCACCCCAAAGGACACACCCCCCGAGCGAGCUCCCUCCCCGCCACGAAAACACUAGCCUUCAGUCUCAAUCAGGCUCAAUACCCUCUGUGAUUAGGGGCUGGUAUGCCCCACCAGCCCCCUGGCAGGUGCAAUCCAACUCUCCAGCAACCCCAGCAACCCCAAAGACCAGUCAAACUGCCGGUCAAGCCGCUGGUCAAACCGCUAAUCUAACACCGAGUCAAAUUGCCGGCCAAACUCCGAUUCAAAUUGCUGAUCAAACGCCUCGUCAAACUGUUGCUCAGACGCCCAACAAAAUCUCUAGAGCUUCACCUCUUUCAACUGAAGAUGAUCUCGAGUUACUACGCAUUGCCAUUUACUAUAAAGAUCGGUUUACUAACAUGAAGGGUAAUGCCGCUCUUUAUGAGGCGAUUGCAGAAAUAUGGAGGGCCAAUACUGGGCGGAAUAUCAGUCACCAAACGGUUCAUAAGCAUGUCACUGACAGGCUAAAAGAGCAUGCCGCUAUACUUGCCAUACCGGAAGCUGGUCGGGCUAGAAUGAACGCUACCGAAACUGCUAUUUUUGAUUAUGCCAAUGAGAUAUACGAAGUGCUACAACACAACUUAGUAGCAGAAGAACGACGAAAGGAGCUCGCUAGUGCAGGUACUAAGCCUCAAACAAAUACCGACUCUGUGCGGGAUGAUGUAGCCGAUGAAUUAGUGCAGCGAGCAAGAGAUAAAAGGCCUAGAAAUCCGGCAAAUUCUAGCCAGGAAGAAAAUGAGCGCCCAACAGCCCGGCCACGAACCAGGCCUCCCUCGCCACCGGCUGACUCGCCAUCACUACAUACAGAAAUGGCCUUAUUUCUUAGUAUGAUGAAUAGUCGAGCAGCCAGCGAGGCCUCAACUGCGGCUAAAAGGUCAGAUAUCACUAGGCUAGAACGCCGAAUUGAUAGCAUGGCUGCUACUAUGGACGGGAUGAUGGGUUUGCUUAGAACCCUUGUGCAGAGACAACCAAGGUCCAAUUAA